GUAUGACGCAAACAACUGUUGAAGGAGGACGGACAUUUUCUAGCGUCUGAUCCCGAGCUGAAAGUGAAGAGGAAAGCGCGAGCGGUACUGUUCAAGAAAAGGCUUUUGAAGCGCGAAAGAAAAAAAAAAAGGAUGAAGAAUAUGUAAAUGGACUGUGCCGAGUUUCAUACUUGUACAUCAUCAGAAAUCCGCUUAAUCUGCUUUAGAUUAGAAAUCCGACUCAAAGAUGUCGGCCGACGCCGCGAGGGAAGACGCCUGUCGAGAGUAUCAGUCGUCUUUGGAAGACUUGACUUUCAACAGCAAACCGCACAUCAACAUGCUGACCAUCCUCGCUGAAGAGAAUCUGCAGUUCGCCGAGGAUAUCGUCGCUAUAAUUGAAGCACAAAUCGCCAAGGCGCCUCCUGCCGAGAAGCUUCCUGUUUUGUACUUAGUGGAUUCCAUAGUGAAGAAUGUUGGCGGACAGUACCUUGAAGUGUUUACUAAAAACCUAAUCACAUCCUUUAUAUGUGUGUUUGAAAAGGUGGAUGAAAACACUAGAAAAUGUCUCUUCAAAUUGCGUUCCACCUGGGACGAGAUUUUCCCCUUGAAGAAGCUGUAUGCUUUGGAUGUUCGUGUGAAUUCCGUAGAUCCUGCUUGGCCCAUUAAGCCUUUACCACCAAAUGUGAACGCGAGCAUUCAUGUCAACCCUAAAUUUUUAAAGGCGACUGAAGAAGUAGCUCCUCCUCCCCCAGUCAGUGAGAAGAACUUGGAAGAGGAACAAAUAAUAAGGCAGCAGUUGCUUGCUAAGCAAAAACAGUUGUUAGAACUUCAGCAGAAGAAGAUAGAGCUUGAACUUGAGCAAACAAAAGCACAACUGGCGGCCAGUACAAACCACCCACCCCACAGUGGUCCAGCCCAGUUCGAUCCACCGGCUGCGAGUCAGCCAGCUUCUACACAACACAAGUCAUGGCAUCCACCACAAGCAGACAAACCACCACCAAACAGAGAUCCUAGAUUAAACAGAGGUUCCGGCCCGUCCGUAAAUUCAAAGGAGCAAGGAGGAUUCAGGAAGGAGAGCCAUGUCACACCACCUGUUGUCAAUGCACCUGAAAAGAGAGUUCAUGUACCCCCAGAAAGGCCCCCUAAGCUAAUGAGAAUACCAAAAAAAGAUACCUCUGCAACCGACGAAAAAUUGAAAUCCAAGUCGGUGUCACCAUUAAGCAAAGGAGCCCUUCAUAAAAGCAAAGACUCUGAGCCUGAGCACCCAAAGACAUUAGAUGCUAAUAAAAAGGACCCAAGGUUGCGAAAGCAGAUGCAUGAGAAGACAGAUCUGAAGGAGGAAGAAGUCAAAGAAAAGAAAAGAAGUACAGAGAGGAAAGAACGGGAAGAUGUCGGCAAAGGCCCCGACCCACCGAGAUCUAGCAACUCCAGAGGCAAGCUAGCAAAUGGGUCUCUGAAUAAGCAUGACCGAUUUGAUAUUUUUCAAAAGCAAGACAUCAAAGUUAGUAAAACAAACAUCAGGAAAAGGUCUCGGUCAAGGUCUCGUUCUCCACCUCAGCACUCUCCUAAACGAAAAGAGAGACGGUCCCCAAAGAGAAGAACAAGGAGCAUCACUCCGCCUCCAAAAUCAGGAAAGGCUAGGCUGUUAAGCAAACAUAACGAAGGCGAUAAUCAAGCGAAUGUCAGGGAGGAUCGGAGUACACCAAAGAAGAAUGUUUCUGAGCUGAGGCGGUUAAAAAGACCACUGGAAGAUAGAACUCCUGAGCACAGAGAUGUCCAGCCACAGAGAGCAUCACCUGUAGAGCAUAAAAGUGCUAAAGACAUGAAGAGAUGGAGGAGUGGAUGGGAAGAAAAUAAACCUCUAAAACAACCUGACCCAGAUCCCUCACAUGGCAAACCCGGGCUGCAAAGACACAAAGCAUGGAACAGCUAUCAGAGACCUCCGACACCACGGACACCGAAACAGCAUCGUCUGAGUGUCGACGCCAAUCUACAGAUUCCAGACGUGCUCCAUUCUGCCAGCAAGAGAGAUCUUUUACGAAAGGCUAGCCAGCGAUUGGCUGAUGGAGAGCUAACUCAGGAAGAAUUCCUUAACGUGGCCCAUCAAAUCAAGCAAAUAUUUCAGUAUCAAGAAGAAAAACAGCGCUCUGAUUCUUGGGAGGGACCAGAUGAUGGUGCAUGCACAAGAAAGAAACAACAUGGACAUAUGUCUGAUGCUGAACUCUCUUACCUGGAGCACAAAUCAAAGCUGAAAAGAACACAGCUGCAACGCCCAGCCCUUAUAAUUCACCAGAACUCACCUUUGAGAGAGAAUGUGCAACAAACUAGGCCUCAACAAGAACAUGAGGAUCCAUUCAUCUCAGAUGCACUUAAAAAGGGAAGUGACACCUUUAAAACAUUCUCAGGGUCUGAUGACCCUAGAAGAAAUGACAGACCACCAUCUCAAACAGGAAACUCUUUCAGAAAUUCCCCAAGUCCAGCUGGUUGUGAUGUAAACACUGGGAAAUCUUCAAGUCUUCCAUUUGAAGGAUCAGCUCAAUCCAUGGAUUUGGAUCAACUUGAGGAUGCAGACAUCAUUCCAAGGUUUGAAAGUCCUAACAGUGUUCACUCUGAUACAGGUCCAGACAAUGAUGCUCCACUAGGUUUAGAUGCUUCUUCAAGACAUGAAAUCAUGCCAGGACCAGGGAGAGGUGGAAGAAACCUUAAUGAAUCUCCUGGCCAAACACCACCUCAUGUUUCUGAUGGACCUAACACGCAGGUAAAUAUGACGAGACACGACAGUGCAAAUGCCCCGGCACGAUUUGAUGGCCAUUUGAGUUCUCAUCCUCAGUUUGAAGGAACACAUGGCCUUACGGGACAGACACGGUCAGAAGGUCCGUCCAGACCUCAUCCUCCUGGGAGGUAUGAGGGAAAUGCAGGCCCAGGGAGAUACGAUGGUCCUGGUGCCCACGGUCCAGCUAGGUUUGAGGGGCAUGGUCGAUAUGAAGGUCCUGGACCACACAGGUUUGAAAGACCUCCACUGCUGAAAGGUCCUGGAAGAUAUGAUAACCAGUCAGUGCCACAUGGACCAAUGAGGUUUACAGAGCCUCAUAGCCGAUUUGAAGGGCCAGGUCGUUUUGAUGGUCCAUUGGGACAUCAAGGUCCAGGAAGAUUUGAUGGCCCAGGACCCAUGCGUUACACCAACCCAAUGCAGUCAAAUAGAUUUGAUGGCCCUGCCAGGUUUGAUAAUCCCCAUAUGGCACAAGGCCCUCCUGGAGGAUUUGAUGGCCCAAUGAGGUAUCCUUCUGGGAUGGUCAAUUACGAGGGACCAAGGAGACAUGAAGGGCCAGGCAAUCAGUCAGGCAUGAUGCGCUUUGACAAUUCAGCACAACCAGCACCGAUGAGAUUUGAAGGACAGCCCUCUGGCAUGCCCAGAUUUGACUCUGCUCCACAGGGUCCACCACGAUACCGUGGACCUCCAAACAUGCAAAAUUCAUAUAGACCACAAGGGCAGAUGAUGAUUGAUCAACCUCAGAAUCAGGGUCCAAUGUUAAAUUCAGGUGUUCCACCCCAUAAUUAUAACAUGGGAGCACCUAAUGCAUUCGAUGGUCAACCACUGCCAUUUCAUGUGCAGCAAAACGUCUCGCAGGGUGCUAACUUUAAUGUGCCAGAACCCACACCAUCAGGAUUUCAGAAUUCAUACAGGCCUGUUGCUCCAUUUCCUGGUGCUGCUCCUGCAAACCACCCUCAGCAUAUGCCCGUCAUGUCUGCUUCGGUUCAGAACUUUGGACAACAAAACCCAGCUGCUUUCAAUGCACCAGGUUCCCAGUUUUUGCAGCCUGACAGUCAUCUGGGCCAAAUGGAUGUCAAUGAUUUGAUGGCUAAACUGAUAGACUUUGGAAUUAUCAAACCAACACAAACGGAUUCGAGCAGUGAGUCCACAUCUGUGACUCAGUCUCAAAGUUUACCAGAAGAAGAGGAACCAGAGGAGGAGGAACAGGAGGAGGAUGAUACUCUCCCUGACCUGACUGGCUUCGUUGUAGACGACAUGAAACAGAGACAUGAAAGUGUCAUCACCAAGCUGUACACAGGAAUUCAGUGCUACUCCUGUGGCAUGCGCUUUACUGCAUCUCAGACUGAUAUUUACGCUGAUCACUUGGAUUGGCACUACAGACAAAACCGCUCAGAAAAGGACAUCAGUAGGAAAAUAACGCACAGACGGUGGUACUACAGUCUCACAGACUGGAUUGAAUUUGAAGAAAUCGCUGAUCUUGAGGAGAGGGCAAAGAGCCAGUUUUUUGAAAAAGUACAUGAGGAGGUUGUACAGAAAAACCAGGAAGCAGCCAAAGAGAGAGAAUUCCAGAGUGUGAAGGCUGCUGCCGAUGUUGUUCAUGAAUCUUGUGAGAUUUGCCAAGAGCAGUUUGAGAUGUACUGGGAAGAAGACGAGGAGGAAUGGCAUCUGAAGAAUGCCAUCCGAGUUGAUGGAAAGACAUACCAUCCUUUGUGUUAUGAAGACUACAGAAAUACAUCUUCCUUUGUGGAUUCCACCCCAUCUCCCAAUAAGAUGCUCACAGAAAACCCUUUAAAUGCUUUCAUAAAACAAGAGCGAGAAGAUGAGGGGUCUUGCUCCAGUAUUAAAGAAGAGCCAUCUGAGGGAGACACCGAGGCUGUAACGGUAAAACAGGAGGUUCAGGAUGAUUCGGAAGGAGGGUCACAAACAAUUAGUGCAAUUCCGUUUUAAACUGUGCUGCUGCUUUAAAACCUCCUUCUCUCGUCAUUACUUGAGUUUCUGUAAAACUAUUUUUAUACAGGACGGCUCUGAGGCAGGGUCCUCAGCUAUGCAUACAUUUAAAUACAUUUUUGUAUUUGUAACUGCCUGCAAUUUUCAGGUGUUUUUGCUGUGUGAAUGCCAAGUGAAAUGUACUUUAAAAAUCUGUAUGUUGGGGGUAAAUGUGUGUAUAAUUUAAUUUAUAAAUAAAGAAAUAUUUUUGGUAUUCUUUGUGUAAUAUUGAGAAUCAAAAAUUUUGGGUUUAAAUCCUCCAAGAAUUUUCGGUUUUCCUGCUAAGGUAUUUGUACAUAGAUUUUUGAGAAGUGUACAGCGAUGACGGACUAGUUUUUACAGAGGACACGUCGAUAGUUCUAUAAUCCCUUCUUUCAGUCUUUCGAAAUUCCUACAAGGCAGAAGUUUUCAGUUAUUAAGGAUAAAGAUGGAUCUAGUUUUCUCCCCCAUCUUUAAGCUAAAUGUGUAAUGAAAUGCGUGUCAAGCCCGUUGAGUUUACUAAUGUUUUUUUUUUUUGGUUCUGGUAAAUAAAAUUGUGUUUAGUUUAAUAGGGGAAAAAAAGAAAAGAAAAAUCAUUUUUUGCAGAAAUUUUUGAAGAGGUUUGCUUGACAUACUGAAUAUUCAAUAAAGUGAAUCAUCAUUUAAAAAAAUAGUGUCUGUGUGUGCAAAGUGUUUACGUGUGUGCUUUUUGAAAUGUUUAUCCUAAAUAAAAGUUUUAGUGUUAAUGAUA